AAACAAAACGGUGUAAAAAAAAAAAAAAAAGUUCCACCUCACAUAAUUCACUUUGAAUUUCAACCCUAUUUUUUUGUCUAUGGCUUCAAUGGAUGGUGGCUUUGUUGAUUGCCAUUGCCACAUCACAGCAUGUGAAUUUGCCGAGGAUUUAGAGGAUGUGAUCAAGAGAACCAGAGAGUCUACAUCAGAUGUUGUGCCAUUUCAGGCUGGAGUCAAAACACUUAUUUCUGUCACUGAAGAGCCCAGUGAGUUUGAAAGAGUUAUCCAGCUGUUUAAAAGCUACCCAGAUCUAGUUGCACCAUGUUUUGGAAUCCACCCAGUCCAAGGCUGUGGGUCCCAUGACCAGCGCAGCGUGAAGAUUCAGGACUUGGAGCCUGCCUUGCCCUUGUUCCAGAAGUACAGAGAUGACAUUGUUGCAGUGGGAGAGAUUGGUCUUGACUACACACCUUGGUAUGCCCCCACUUCUCAGGAGAGAGAGGAACAGCUGACUGUUUUCACCAAGCAAUUACAAAUAUCCAAGGAUCUGGAUUUGCCAGUGAACAUCCAUUCCCGAUCAGCUGCAAAGGUCACCAUAGCUACUCUGAAAGAACAGGGUAUCACUUGUGCUUUGCUGCACAACUUUGCAGGGAAACUAUCAGUGGCCAUGGAAGGAGUGCAGGCAGGGUACUUCUUCUCCUUCCCUCCAGCUGUCUGUAGGAAUGACCAGAAAUCCAAGCUGAUCAAACAGAUUCCAUUAGAACACAUCUGUCUGGAGACAGACUCUCCUGCCUUGGGACCAGAAAAACAUGUAAGGAAUGAACCCAAGAACAUUUCACUGGUCUGUGAGUACAUUGCUCAUGUCAAAGGAAUCACACCUCAAAUGGUAAUUCAUGCCACUACAGAUAAUGCCCUCAGAUUGUUCCCAAAAAUUAAGAGACUUGAGUGACGCGUUUUGUAAUUAAAUUAAUGUUGUGUUAUCUCAUGCUGUGUCUCUGAAAAUGAAAUGGAAUUGUGAAAUAAAAUGCUCAAUC